AUGCUGCCGACGGACCCGGCGACGUCACCGGCGCCGCGUGCGAGCAAAGAGACGAAGCGAGGCGACGCCGCCAAGCGCAAGCUGGGCACGCGACUCCGCCAGCUACGCUACGUCGCGCAGAAGCGAGAGCACCUCGAGCACCUCGAGGGCUCGGUCCAGCAACUGCACUGCCACGUUGCGCGCUGCGAAGGGCAGCUCGAGGUCUUGCGCGCGGUCAAUGCGCCCCACGACAGCGCGCUAAGCACCGCCGUCGAGUUCUUCGCAUCGUUUCGGCAUGGCUACCAAGUGCAUCGCCCGCACAAGCAAGCGAACCAAGACGCAUUCCUGCACAGCGUCAUGCGCCAUGACUUGCUUUUUAUGAACGAGGUACGCUGCGAGGACCAGCAAUGCUAUCGCGAUACAUCUUCUCUCGACUAG